UCGAAGAGAUCGCGAGGCUUGUAGUUUCAUGAGUGGAAAUGACAUCAAGGACAAACAGGGCAGUGUAGUUUUGUUAAAUAAGCUUUUAUUAUUUAUUAACAUUGCAGUAGCAGCCGCAGUUUACUGGCUCAAAGUAAAGACUGAGUAGUAAGUGAGGGAAAGGGAAGACAUGAAACGGAUUCAGCAUUGUAAGACUUUGUUACAAACUUACAACUUCCGAGUUAGCGCCCUGCAGCGUCCUUUAGCCCGAAGCCCAGGAGCGCUGUCAAAACGUGGUUUUUUAGCUGCUAACCUGUUGCGCACUUAUGAUGUUAGAAAAGUUGAACUAAUGUCCCAGGAGCAGAGGAGGAUGUGUUUUGAUACUCAUGCACUAGUUCUGGAGCUGCAGAAUAAUGGUUUUCCAAAAGAGCAAGCAGAGGCUAUAGUUACAGUAAUAGCAAAUUUAACCUGUGCUAAUAUGGAAUCCACAUACAGGGACAUGGUAACUAAAGCACAGCAGGAAAUAAUGUUGCAACAAAUCAUGGCCCACUUAGACUCGAUAAGAAAAGACAUGGUUAUUCUGGAGAAAAGUGAAUUCUCAAAUCUGAGGAUGGAAAAUGAGAAAAUAAAAAUUGAAUUGGAGCAUCUGAAACAACAGCUUUUGGAUGAAGUUAAGAAGAUCAGAAAUGACGCAAAACUGGACAUGAAUUUGGAGAAGAGCAGAAUAAUGGACACAUUUAGAGAGCGAGAGAAGCAGCUAAUGACAUCUAGAAAUGAAUUUACUGAAUUGAACUCGAGCACAGACCGUGCUAUCACAGAAACGAACAAAAAAAUUGACACAGAUGUGGCUUCACUUAAGACCAUGUUGGAAUCUCUUAAACUGGAAACAGUGAGGUAUCUUGCAGCAUCUGUCUUCACUUGCCUAGCAAUAGCCUUGGGAUUUUAUCGGUUGUGGCAAAAAUAGAAAAUGGAAGAUGACCUUCAGCAAACAGCAGUGUGAAAUUCUGGAAUUUAAUGAUCUUGAAAAGAAUGCCAUAUAAAAUAUUAGGAUUUUUCUGGAGAGAAUGGAUUGUUCAUCUGCUCCAUGACUGUCCUGCUGCUGUGUUCUGGAGAAAUCUAGUUAUAUUGCAUUAAUGUUAAUUAUGUUUAAAAUGAUUAUAAAACUGGCUAGUAAGAUGGGAUACUAUCCUGCUGUCUUAUUGGUUGUAAGGCUCACAUAUGAACUGAAUUUGGGCGUUCCUAACCCAUUGCUGGUGAGAGUGGGAUUGCAGCACAGAACUAUGUCAUUUAGCAGCUUCUUUGAGCACAUUGAAUGUGUUGUGAUAUUCCAUAAUAGUUGCUGCUUUGGGGCUGGGGGACUUUUAGCCUUUGUGCAAUUUAUAAACAGAGCUGGCUGAAUGCUGGUACUUGGUUGCUCAGCAAUAAUGUCUUCACCUUGAAUUGAAAUGUUUUUUUACUUGCUUUCUAAUCUUCAGUUUCAAUCAGUGUUGCAAGUUAGAGAGGACUGACAGGCCAGUGUGUGGCAACAGUUUCUAGGUAAUUAUGAAAAGUUACAAUGUAUCUGUGGAACCAAACAGCCAGCUAUUUUGCUACAAAGUACUGAUUCAUACAAUGCAUUCCUGUUACUAUUAGUGUUGAAAAAUGGCAGCAAUUAUACCAUGUAUUCUUUGGAGAAUCAGAAAAGAUAAGGAGUUCAGAAUAAAAUCAAUAUCUAAGUCUUUUUUGUAAAGAGACAAAGCAAGUGAAAUCGGUUUGAAUAGUUGUCAUGCAACCAAUCAUGUGAUAGUGAUGUCACCAAAGACAAAUAUUCCUCUUGUUUUUAAAAAAGUAGCCUUAUUUAAUACCCAUACUACAUGUUCAUAAAAUUGCAAGGGUUAAAGACAGUGACUUCAGUGCCUAUCCCUAUCCAUAUGCCUAGUGUUGCAUGUACUAUUGUAGGAGCUUGCACAAACCAUUCUCAAGGUAUGAGAAUCUGAAAGUGACAGCCUCCUCCACCCUGCCAAUUCCUCUACAAGUGUGGUCUCAGGUGCACAAGAAAGUCUAGAUUGACUUAACCUCUGACCUUCUGCCCCACAUGACCUCUCUGUAUCCUCAUUGAUCCCCCUAUAACACCAUACCUGCCUCCUGUUACUUUUCAUGCACAUUUACUUUAAGAAAAACAGAAUAAAGUGUGUCACAGCUCUAAUCUAUUUCUAAAGAGAUACACAAAUUCAUAUUUAAAUCGCUGUGAAAAGUACAUGAUCAAUCCAUUUACACCAUUCAAGUACAGAUGUCACCCAGAAUUUAGAAUUGAGUUUGUAGGUUGUCACCGAAGCUACUUUCUUUCCACAUAUAUGUUUAUUGUGAAAUGCCUGCUUGCUGAGAGUUGAGUUGAUUUCUACCUUGUGGCUUGCUGCAGAUACAAUCUGUCAUCAUUAAGAUUCUCUGAAUUAGUUCAUUUGCCUUAUCCCUGUGGCUGUUAGAUCUGGAGCUGAUACUUGUCAAUGCAUUUUAUUCACCACAAUUAUUUUCUCCUUUAAUAACACAAGAACUAAUUUUAACUUAAGAUCAUCGUGUUGUCUAACCAUGUAGAGAUUUAAAUCUCAAAGUAAUGGAUGAUCAGGACAAAAACGUAUUCAACUCCAGUUUACGUUCCAUAUUUCACAAUGAAGGCAACACAAACACUAUAUUUACUCCAUUGUCUGUUUUUAAUUUAAUUGUCUAUUAUUUGCCAUCAAAGUAAACCUAAAACAGGUUUUUCGGUCCAUGUAGAAAACUGAAUCCAGGUCAUGAAGAAUGUAGAUGCAAAAUUAAGAGCAAAAUUUAGGAUUUUAAACCAGAGUCUGGACUAUGCUGUGCACCCUGAUUCAAUUAUUCCCUAUCUUCUAAAUGCACUUUAGCUGUAAAGACCCCAUUUGGUCUUCAUUCCUCAUGUGCAAUGUCACAGGAGAUACAAAUACACACAUUAUGCCCUGGAUUUUCCAUUUGAGUCAUGCUGAUUCGUUGGUGUAAUUUUAAAAAUUUCAUUCUUAGGAUGUAAAUGCAAAAACUUUUUAAAAUAUAGUUUAUAUUUACUCCAGCAUUCAAGCAUUAAUUCUCACCUACCCCAACCCUUCAUGCAGAACUACCCCCCAUAAAAUACAUUGAAAACACAUGCCAACUGUCUUCAUAAUAUUUAUCCAUUCAAUUUACAAUAGACAUGACACUUAUAGUGUAACAUUGAUAUGGACCCACUAGAACAAACGGCCUAUUUCUGUGCUGUUUCUUCAAUGUAAAAGUGCUACAGUGGUGAUACUUUCAAUGUUAAAAGUCGUAGCUAAUGUUCAUAAUGUCUGCCUGGCCACCAGAUGUCUCUGCAACAAUGUAUUUGGAAUAUCAGUCAGCUUUUUCUUUCUUUGGAUUAAACAAUAUUAAAGUAAUUUAUUUAA